GAAAAGCCAAGGCCCAUUGAUCGAUCCCGUUCUGCAAUAAUGCCGCUUCUCUCUGCGCAACCCCGUCUCCUCCCCGACGCUCACCACCACCGCGCCCUCCUCCCGCCGUCGGCCGCAGCGUCCUUAUUGCCAUCGCCGUCUUGCUCCGGGAUUCGAUCACGGAGGCGGCCGGCGAGAACGGGACUGCGAGUCGUCUCUCCCGAGACCUCCAGCACCGUUGCCACCGACGCUGCGACAACCGCCGGCGCGCCGCCAGAACCCACGCGCGGGCGGGCAGAUAAGAGCAAGUGGGCAGAGUUCGCGGCGCGGGUGUCCGGCGAGUGGGACGGCUUCGGCGCGGACUUCACGGCGUCCGGCGACCCCGUGGAGCUGCCGGAGAACGUGGUCCCGGAGGCGUACCGCGAGUGGGGCGUGCAAGUGGUGGACUGGCAGACGCAGUGCCCGACGCUGGCGGACCCGGCAACGCCGUGCGCGCUGCACUACCGCCUGGUCCGCCUGCUCCCCACGGUGGGGUGCGAGGCCGACGCCGCCACCGUGCACACCUCCCACCAGCGCCACGCCGCCUCCGCCGCUGCCUUCGCGUACGCCGCCGCGGGGUCCUACGUCGCCGCGUGGCCCAGGGGCCCCGCGCCCGUGCUCGAGGUGGAGCACUGCGUCGUGCGCCCGGACGCGCCCGCCGAGGAGGCCGGCAGGGUCCGGGUGGUGCAGACCGUGGCGCUGGGCAGGGAGGCGCGGCUCCGCGGGGUCAAGGUCUUCGCCGAGCAGUGGUACGGCCCGUUCCGCGACGGCGAGCAGCUCGGCGGCUGCGCCGUCGGGGAAACCGCGUUCGCGGCGGGGGAGAAGCUCGACGUCGCCGAGGUGAUCGGGCAGUGGGAGACCACGGACGCCGCCGCUGCGAGGUUCUCCACCGAGCUGGACCCCGAGACGGGAAAGUUCGCGGAGCUGUCGCCCGACGAGCCGAGGAAGGUGCUGAGGGACGCGGAGGGCGUCGUGACGCUGCCUAAGGAGCUGUGGAGCGCGUUCAAGGAGCUCGGCGACGGCGAGUUCCUGUGCGAGGUCGGCUGGGCUCUGGGCGGCGGCACCGCCGUCACGUCGCGGUGCGUUCUGUCCACGGACGGAGACGUCAAGGAGAUCGCAGCCGCCCACGAGCGCCGGGUGACGGAGACCACUUAACCUCGGGGCCAAUGACUUCACCCAGGCUUUGCAGCGUGUUGUAUUGGAAUUACAGAUGUCGACCGCGCGUCGCGAGCAAGUUCUCCACUGCGUCGAGGGUCAAGUUGUAUUUAUGGACUUACCCAGGGUGCAGAAAGGAAGAGUGCACUGCCUACUCGGUUGCUCCUGCCGUCACAGUACCAGCGUCGUCCACGCCAGACGCCACCGAACAAAAAAGGAAACGAGCCCGACCCAGCACAGGCCACAGACAGCGGUGCCCCACCCGCACGAGAACCCCACGUGUCAUCGUCCGUUAGCAAAGCCUGUGAGGGCGCCCGCUGCAGCGUCUCGCUGAAUGAAACAAUGCGCACGGUCGGUGCCAUUCAAGACUCGCGUGUUUUUUUGUUCAGAUCAGAAACGUGCAGUGUGUUGUUCGGUAA